UGAUGGGAUUAUUGAUGAUGUCUAUUGUCUUUCAGACCGAAUGUUUGUGCCAUGCAGCUACUCAAAGGCACCAACAAGAAAUACUUCACCAACUGCAAGCAGUGGUACCACCGCAAAAUCUGUGGGAAGCCCACGGUGAUCAGCUACGAUUGCUGUCCCGGUUAUGAGAAGAUUGCUGGAGAGAAGGGCUGUCCAGCUGCAUUGCCUCUGGUGAACAUCUACAACACGUUGGGCGUGGUUGGGGCCUCUACCACCCAGAUGUACUCUGAGCGAGCCCAGCUGAAGGAGGAGGUGGAGGGGCCGGGCAGCUUCACCUUCUUCGCCCCGAGCAACGAGGCCUGGGCCGCCCUGCCAACGGAGAUCCUGGACGCCCUGGUGAGCAAUGUGAACAUUGAGUUGCUGAACACUCUUCAUUACCACAUGGUGACCGGCCGGCUGACCUCCGAGGAGCUGAGGCACGGGUCCUCCUUCGUCUCCAUGUACCAGGACUUCCACGUCCAUAUCCACCACUACAACAACGGGAUCGUGACGGUGAACUGCGCCCGGUUGAUCAAACCAGAUCAGCACGCCACCAACGGCAUUGUGCAUGUGGUGGAUCGCGUCAUCACCGCCAUCUCCAACAACAUGAACACGUUAAUCGACGUGGACGACGACCUGGAGACGCUGCGCAUGGCAAUAGCCGCUGCCGGUCUGACCAAUAUACUGGAGAACGAGGGCCAGUACACCAUCUUCGCCCCCACCAAUGAGGCCUUCGAGAAGAUUCCUGAGGAGACACUGAACCGGAUCCUGGGAGACCCCGUGGCUCUGAGAGACCUGCUGAACUACCACAUCCUGAAGCAUAUGCAGUGUGCCGAGUCAAUUGUGUCGGGGACCCCAAUGGAGACGCUGCAGGGCACCGUGCUGGAGGUCGGCUGUGAUGGAGACCAGAUGACCCUGAACGGCAGGGCCAUCAUCACCAAGAAAGACCAUCUGGGAACCAACGGAGUCAUCCACUACAUCAAUGAGCUGCUCAUCCCAGACUCAGCCAAAGUUCUGCUGGAGCUGGCAGAUGGUUCAUCUGUUGCCACAGCUACCAAGCUGUUUGUGGAAGCGGGUCUGUCCUCCCAUCUGACUGGCUCCGAGGCUCUAACCAUGCUGACCCCUCUGGACGACGCCUUCAAUGGAAGAGACACAACCAUGACCCCCGACAUGAAGAAGCUGAUGACCGACCACAUCCUGAAGGGGCAGCUGACCUCCAAGUCUCUGUAUCACAACCAGGAGCUGGAGACGCUGGGAGGCAUCAAGCUCAGAGUAUUCGUCUACAGAAAUAACCUCUGCAUAGAGAACGCCUGCAUAGCGGCCCACGAUAAGACAGGCCGGUACGCCUCCAUGUUCACGGUGGACAAAGUGCUCGCCCCCCCGAUGGGGACCGUCAUGGACGUUCUGAAGUCAGAGGGCCGCUUCAGUGUCCUGGUGGGGGCCGUGCAGACCGCCGGGAUGACGGAGCUGCUCAACCAGCAGGGGGCACUGACCCUCUUCGCUCCGACCAACGAGGCCUUCAACGCGCUGCCCCGCGCCGACCUCAACCGGCUGAUGCGUGACCCUCAGCAGCUGUCUACUCUGCUCAGGCUUCACCUGCGUGAAGGCAUCCUGGUCAGCGGAGGAGUUGGAUCCCACACUAGAGUGCAACCUCUCCAGGGAGAGAAGCUGGAGCUGGGCGUGCGUAACUACACGGUGUACGUCAACAAGGUCCCGCUGGCCCACGCAGACCUGAUGGCAACCAACGGCGUCGUGCACGCAGUGGACGCCAUCAUCAAACCUCUGCCUCUGAAGGUGGACCGAGAACAGAAUGAUGGACCUGCGACGGCCUUCAGACCGGUGGCCUCCUCCAGGGUCGACACCAAGAGCUUCAGGAACAAUGUGAUGUUCCAGAAGGUCGUCCGCAGUCGCUCCAGCAGGACGAUGACCCAGUAGAACUUAGCAGAACCUCUGACGAACCAGUAGAACCCAGGACAACCUCUGACAAACCAAUAGAACCCAGCAGAACCUCUGAGGAACAAGUAGAACUCAGCAGAACCUCGGAGCAAGAAUUAGAACUAAACACACCCUCUGAGGAACAAGGUGGAACCCAGCAGAACCUCUGAGGAUCAAGUAGAACUAAACCCAACCUGUUAGGAACAAGUAGAACCCAGGGGAACUUUUGAGGAACCAAUUGAACCCAGCACAACCUCUGAGGAUCAGAGAGGAUCCCACAACCAAAGUUUUUGAACACAGCUUGUUCAUUUUUUUCAUUAAUUUAGUCAAAACAUGUUUAUAACCGCUGAUUAAUGAUUAUUGGAUCGUGAACUCUGGAAUGUGAGAAGAUAGAAACAAAGACGAGAGUUUUGUUUCAUUGCUGUUGUUAUUAAUGUUAACUUUUAUAACAAAAAGCAGAUCCGACACAAGGUGAUCAAUCACAAUGAUCAGUUACAGUGAUCGGUCACAGUGAUCGGUUACAGUGAUCAGUUACAGUGAUCAAUCACAGUGAUCAGUUACAGUGAUCAAUCACAGUGAUCGGUCACAGUGAUCUGUUACAGUGAAAGGGCAAAGGUCACUCGGCUUAAAGCCACUGAUCGUUAUUAUAACUGAUCAAUACUCGUUAAUCACUGUGAGAGGUUCUCGGGGGGAUUUAUUCACAUUGUGAAAUAAAGUUUCUUGUGUUAACUUGUUUUCUGAAUAAAGGGAGACCUUCAAAGAGA